UCCUCCCUAGGGAAUACAUGCUGCUUCUCUCCCCGCCAUUGUCGGCGUUGCUUGCUGGAAGCGCCGCUCAGCGGCACGGUUCUUAAUCCUAUCUUCUAGCUCCGAUUUGAGCGCCAGUUGUCCGUUGCUUCUCAUGGGUUCUCACCCCAUCGCACAGCCCAUCGCACAGCCCAUCGCACAGCCCGUCGCAUCCGUCCGUGCGAGUUCUCCAUCGCCCCGUCAUCGCCUCGUCGCAUCUCCCGCACCGCCCGGCCCUCCCCUUCGCCCAAGCCUCGCCGCUCCGCUGAAGAUAGCACACCGCUCCCCUCCGCCGUCUCUGCGGGCCGCCAACCCCCCCCACAGCGGAUGCCGCUUGACCGCGGAGUUCGUUCCGUGCGCGCUUGGAGCGCUGCCGUCCCGCCGCCGCCGCGGGAGGCCCUUCCUCUUCUCCGCUAGGUGGUCGCACGUACGAGCGGCGCGCGAAACGAACGGAGAUGCGGAGGGGGAGUUGGCGGGUGAGGGAGAGUAUGUGCUGGGGGUGCGCGUCUCCGCGGAAGGAGCACGGGCGGGGGGGAGCGGAGAGGGACUGGCGGGGCGGGUGGUGUUGGUGACCGCGCCUGCGCCGUACGAUGCGGCGCUGAGCGCGGCAGUGCGGGCAGCAGGCGGGGAGGCAAUAGUGUGCAGCAUGGUGGAAACAGAUGUGGCGGAUGAGUCUUGUACAAGACGAGUGGAGACAUUCCUGGUGGGGGCAGGGGCAGGGCGGCAGGGAGAGGACGCAGGAGCAGCGAGUGAGGGAGUGAGUGAGGGAGCGAGGGAGGGAGUGAGGGAGGGAGUGAGUGAGGGAGUGAGGAAGAAAGUGCGUGUGGCAGUGGGUGACGUGGCAGCCAUAGCGUUCACGUCUCGGAACGGCAUCAUGGCUUUCGCCAGCGCCGUGCAGCGCUUGCCACCGCACAUACUGCCAGCUGCUUGGGGGGGCACAGACGCUCCCAGUCAGCAUCAACAACAACCCCUGCAAACACGAGAGGAGGAACGAGUGCAGCAACAGCUGCAGCAGGUACUGCAGAAACAACUGCAGCAACCGUCGCAACUGCUGCCGCAAAAGCUGCAGCAGCAAGAAGUGCAGCAGCAACUGGAGCAACAACUGCAGCAGCAGCCAGAAGAGGAAGGGGAGCAGGACCAGCAGCAGCAGGGGCAGCAGGGGCAGCAGGGGCAGAGCGGCACCCCACUCAACACUGCGCAGCCUUACCUCCACAUCGGAGCUCUCGGUCGAGAUGCGGAGCUCCUCCCUUCUCUCGGCCCCAUCUUCUCGCACCCCUCCACACGCCUCAUUCUGCCACCUGUCGCCACGCCAUUGGCCCUAGCAGACGCGCUGGGGCCAGGGCAUGGGCGCAUAGUAGCAUGCCCGGUGCCGCGGGUAGAAGGGGUGGAGGAACCCCCCGUGGUGCCCUCAUUCCUGCGCGCUCUACAGAAGAGGGGCUGGCGAGUGCUGCGCCUCGACUGCUAUGUCACUCGAUGGACUGGGCCCCGUGCCCUCUUGCCUGUCAUCAGCAGCCCGAAGGAAGAGCAACUGAGAGAAAAGCAGGGGGCAGGAGAUGGUGGGGAGGGGGAGGGCGAUGAAUGGGUAGGGGGGUUGGAGUUGGGAGACGCAGGCGACCCAGGACAAGCACGAGAAGCAGGCGGUGGGGCGGGGCUGAGCAUGCAUCCGUCAGUGGCAGCAGUGGUGUUUUCCAGCACAGCUGAGGCGCAGGGCUUCGUUGCGUGCUGUGAGGCCAUGGGCGUGGACCCCCUGCAACUGCUGGAGAGGGACGAAGGGCAUGAUCAUGCUGAUGCCGAUGCUGAUGAUGAUGAUAAUGUUGAUCAUGCUGUUGUUGCUGGUGGGCAUAGGUGCCGGAAGGUGGUGGUGGCAGCGCAUGGGCCCGUGACAGCAGCAGGCGUGCGCAGUGUGGGGCUGCCAAUGGACGUGCAGGGGGAAAACUUCAGCAGCUUUGCUGGCGUCGUGAAUGCACUCGCUGCUCAUUUUGACCUCUUGGGUUGACUUCUGUAAGGAAUUUUAUUCCUUACCGGGUUUUACUGCAAUCGCGUACAGCCGAACUCUUGGAAGACCAGGCUCGGUCCGAUUCCGACGCAACCCCGAGGCUGGCUCGCACCGCCUCCGGCCCUUUCUGUCAAACAUGUGUAUUUGUCAUGUUUGUAUAGACUGUAUAGAGUCACCUCUUAGAGGAUACAAAACUUAGAUAUAUUUGUGUGUACUCUCACUUUACCUUUA